GCGCGGGGCGCUGGCAGCGCUGGAGUCGCGACUGCAGACGAUGAGGUGCAGACGCUGUCCGGCAGCGUGAGGCGGGCCCCUCCCGGACCCCCUGGCACCCCCAGCACCCCAGGCUGCGCAGCUGCUUCCAAGGGCCCCGGCGCGCAGCCGCCCAAACCCGCCAGCUUGGGCCGCGGGCGGGGGGCAGCCGCCGCCAUCCUCAGCUUGGGCAACGUGCUCAACUACCUGGACAGGUACACCGUGGCAGGCGUCCUUUUGGACAUCCAGCAGCACUUCGGGGUCAAGGACAAAGGCGCCGGCUUGCUGCAAUCAGUGUUCAUCUGCAGCUUCAUGGUGGCUGCCCCCAUCUUCGGCUACCUGGGCGACCGCUUCAACAGGAAAGUGAUCCUUAGCUGCGGCAUCUUCUUCUGGUCGGCAGUCACCUUCUCCAGCUCCUUCAUCCCCCAGCAGUACUUCUGGCUGCUGGUCCUGUCCCGCGGGCUGGUGGGCAUCGGCGAGGCCAGCUACUCUACCAUCGCGCCCACCAUCAUCGGCGACCUCUUCACCAAGAACACACGCACACUCAUGCUCUCUGUCUUCUACUUUGCCAUCCCACUGGGCAGCGGCCUGGGCUACAUCACUGGGUCUAGCGUGAAGCAGGCAGCUGGAGACUGGCACUGGGCCUUGCGGGUGUCCCCCAUCCUGGGCAUGAUCACAGGAACACUCAUCCUCGUCCUUGUCCCAGCCACUAAGAGAGGGCACGUGGACCAGCUCGGGGGACAGCUCAAGGCACGCACGUCAUGGCUCCGGGACAUGAAGGCCUUGAUCCGAAACCGCAGCUACGUCUUCUCCUCCCUGGCCACGUCGGCUGUGUCCUUCGCCACAGGGGCCCUGGGCAUGUGGAUCCCACUCUACCUGCACCGCGCCCAAGUCGUGCAGAAGACGGCAGAGACAUGCAACAGCCCGCCCUGUGGGGCCAAGGACAGCCUCAUCUUUGGGGCCAUCACCUGCUUCACGGGCUUCCUGGGUGUGGUCACUGGGGCAGGAGCCACACGCUGGUGCCGCCUGCGGACCCAGCGGGCUGACCCGCUGGUGUGUGCUGUAGGCAUGCUGGGCUCCGCCAUCUUCAUCUGCCUGGUCUUCGUGGCCGCCAAGAGCAGCAUCGUGGGGGCCUAUAUCUGUAUCUUUGUGGGGGAGACACUGCUGUUUUCUAACUGGGCCAUCACAGCGGAUAUCCUCAUGUAUGUGGUCAUCCCCACUCGCCGGGCCACUGCCGUGGCCCUGCAGAGCUUCACCUCCCACCUGCUGGGGGAUGCCGGAAGCCCCUACCUCAUUGGCUUUAUCUCAGACCUGAUCCGCCAGAGCACCAAGGACUCCCCACUUUGGGAGUUCCUGAGCCUGGGCUAUGCCCUCAUGCUGUGUCCCUUUGUCGUGGUCCUGGGUGGCAUGUUCUUCCUCGCCACCGCACUCUUCUUCCUCAGCGACCGCGCCAAGGCUGAGCAGCAGGUGAACCAACUGAUGAUGCCGCCGGCAUCCGUGAAAGUCUAA